GAAUAUCGAUAACAAGUAAUGCGUGGACUACACCACUCUGGCAACGCCGUAUCGCAUUUCGCAAAUCUGAGUAUCAAAAUUAUACGGCAGCUAGUUACAGCGUCAAUAUAUUACACACUUUAACGCACAUCCUAGCCGCAUAUACAGAAAGAUGUCGGUCUCCGAUACGCUCCAAUAUUUAACCUUAGGGAAUCCCAUCAGUCGGGCGCUAAUCAGCUCGUCCUCGUCGAUAUUCCGUUCGUUAGGACUUCGACCCAAGAAACUUCCCGUGGAUGAUAUGUCGAUGCAACCGCAAAUUCAACCCGUAUCCAUAUCGAUGCGUAGCAUUAUUGGCAAUAACUACAAUUUUGUGCGCAUUGCCGGCUUGGCUGGUGCAUCGGCCAUUUUCAUGGGCGCAUAUUGCAAGUAUUUUCUAAAGGACGUUCUCGAUCCCAAAGAACAGUUGGAAUCGCAGGCAUUCGCCGAGGUUGCCAAUCGCAUACACUUUCUGCACUCAUUUGCACUAAUGUGUAUGCCGCUAGCACAUUACCCCGUCUUUACUGGCGUUCUGAUGACCAUGGGCACCAUUCUCUUCUCAGGCUGCAUGUAUUAUCGUGCCCUGACCGGCAAGAGGGAACUGCAGCAUUAUGCCACAAUUGGUGGCUUCUGUUUAAUCGGCGCCUGGCUGUCGCUGGUGGUGUAGACUAAUGUUCACACUUGAUAUAUAUAUAUAUAUAUAUAUAUAUAUAUAUAUAUAUAUAUAUAUAUAGUACAUCAAAUACAAAUAGCACAUAAUUAGCUAUAUAUAUAUAUAUAAACAACUAAAGCUAACGCCUAAUUGAAGUUACGUGUGUGUACAGCAGCUGCUCUAUAUAUAUAUGCGCUUUUAAAAAGCGAUCUCUUAGAUUUAAAUAUGAGCUGUCUAGCACUUGAAUUUUAAAAUUCAUUCUUAUAUCAGUUUACGUUUCGCAGCAAAUGGAAGAUACAUUUUGUUGUUAAAUGCAUUGAAUAUCUUUUUUUUUUUUUUUUUCUUGGUAGAUAAUUUAAAUGCACUUCUACUAGUUAGGAUUACGAGCUAAAUCUGUUUAACCAAAAUGUGAAAAAUUUGAAAAUAUGUAGAAACGUAAAACGUAAAAUCAAAU